CCAAUACGACUGAUCGUCUGCACACUAGUACGCAUCGCAUGGUGUUUUUUGGCAGGUACGACUUGGUGACCGUCACAUGAUCAUCUGAGCAUCAGCCUUGCAUUCGGCUAACAUUGCACCGACUAAACACCAUCUUUUUGGCAACAACCACCCGUUCGGCUAAUUUGUCAAGGAUCUUCCCCAACUUCUCCGGUCUCCGCAGAAAAGAGCCUCCGCGCGGAGCACGACUUCAACAUCAACGUCGGCGCCGCUGCCGAGUAACGUAUACCCCGCAACACGUUCAGCUCAAUUCCCGAGGAAGUUGCGUCAUCAUUCGUGAUGAUCACCAACCUCGUUCUUGCAUUCGUGGACUUUCCCUUGCAGGCCACGUGCCACGAUGUAAACUUAGAUUGAAAGCCUCGCCAGUUGCCUGUUCAGGCAGUCAUUCCUUGGGUUUGUCGGCGCGACUGAUCACUCAUGCCCAGCAACAGACCUAGCGACUGCCCCAUCGAAGUACGAGACCAAGCAGCGCAGCUUGGUUCAUUCGAAGGCUAUGUCUUCGCCUACUUCACUAACAACACCAAAGCUGGCGAGCAGAUCUACCUAGCAGCCAGUAAUGGCAACAAUGCGCUUAGCUGGAAAGAGUUGAACAACGGCCAACCGAUCAUCACCUCAACGCUGGGCACGAAGGGGUUGCGCGAUCCCUUUCUUAUCCGUUCACCUGAUGGGGACAAGUUCUUCCUCAUUGCAACAGACCUGAGCAUUGGAUCUGGUACAUCAUGGGGGGACGCUGUCCGUAAAGGUAGCUUGUACCUGGAGAUCUGGGAGUCGAGCGAUCUCCAGACUUGGUCAGCUCAGCGACAUGUCAAGGUCUCGCCUGACACAGCCGGCAACACCUGGGCGCCCGAGGCAUACUACGAUCCCACGAUUGAGGCUUACGUUGUCUUUUGGGCUUCCUCGCUGUACGAAGAAAGCGACACAAACCACACCGGAACCACGUACCACCGGAUGCUGUACGCCACGACGAAGGACUUCGUUACCUUCAGUGAGCCUCAGAUCUGGCAAGAUGCUGGUAUGUCACGCAUCGACUCGACUGUUAUCCAGAAUGGCGACACCUUUUACCGCUUCACCAAGGAUGAAGGAGCCUCCGGCACAGGUUGCUCCGACAUCAUCCAGGAGCACUCUUCUUCACUCCGUGCUACCUUAGACUCGUGGACACAGGAUGCUGCUUGCAUCGGCAAGAAUGCGGGAACCAGCAAUGUCGAGGGUCCGACAGUCUUCAAGUCAAACCCAGGCGAUGUCAACGGCGAAAAGUUCUACCUGUUCGUCGAUGAGUACACCGGCCGUGGAUAUAUCCCACUCGAGACUGCCGACAUUGCGAAGCCAAGCUGGAAGGUAUCGAGCUCAUACACACUACCCAAGAGCCCCCGCCAUGGCACAGUCAUCCACGUAACCGCUGCAGAACUCGCAUCCCUAACAUCCACCACCGCGACUGUCGCAAAGAAAGAGCGCAGAAGCACCCGCAUCGCCGCGCGAGACAGUCCCGUUCUCCCCGGCUACUACGCAGACCCCAACAUCGCCGUCUUCGGCAAGACCUACUACAUCUACGCCACCACCGACGGAACUCCCGGCUGGGGCGGCAACCAGUUCUUCGUCUGGUCCUCGUCUGACCUCGUCUCCUGGACGCGCACCGAGACACCCUUCCUCACCCUCAACGGCACAUCCGGCAACGUGCCCUGGGCCAUCGGCAACGCCUGGGCCCCGACCAUCAUCGAGCGCGAGGGCAAGUUCUACUUCUACUUCUCGGGUCAAAACGCCGAAUACAACACCAAAACCAUCGGCGUCGCGGUCGCAGACUCACCCAGUGGACAAUUCACCGCGCAGCCCAAAGCAUUCAUCCUGAACAACGAAGCACUCAAGACGAACCAAGCCAUUGAUCCUGCGGCGUUCCAGGAUCCUACGACAGGGAAGUACUACCUCUUCUGGGGCAACGGGGUACCACUGUUUGCAGAGUUUGAGGACGACAUGCUCUCCUUCAAGAACGGGACUCUGCGCGCCAUUACCGGGCUGACAGACUUCCGCGAGGGAAUCUUCCUCAACUACCGCGAGGGUAUCUUUCACUUGACAUACUCCAUCGACGACACGCGGUCUGAGGAUUACCGCGUGGGAUAUGCCACGAGUGAUAGCGUUGAAGGGCCAUGGACGUACCACGGUGUCAUUCUGCAGAAGGAUGAGUCGAAGGGAAUAUUGGCGACAGGACACAGCUCCAUCAUUCAAGUACCUGGUACUGACGAUUGGUACAUUGCCUACCACCGCUUUGCCAUUCCUAAUGGUAACGGCACGAUGAGGGAGACGACCAUCGACAAGGUGUACUUCGAUGAAGAGGGGUUGAUCAAUCCUGUUGUGCCGACGUUGGAGAGUGUGCAGCCUGCGGUUGUUCCUGGGUACUAG